GUUCAUUUCCUGUUUUCUGCUUCUCUAUUAGAUGUGGCCUUAGUUUUCUUUAUUUUUUAACCAAUCUUCAUAAGCUCUUUCUAUAAUAUAGAUACUAUCUCUUAUAAAUGUUUACCUGGUGAAAUAAUUAAUUUCAGGUUGAAUUCAUUAUAAAGAAAUGCAAUUGAUCAUUGCAGGCUAUUCAUGAUAAGAUUCUGCAGUUUGAGUUCAACAUGUCAACUUUCCAGAAUGUCCAUCAUUUUCCUACUAACUGAUGUUUCUGGGUUGGAAGUCUUCCACACCUGGAUCUCCAUUCCCUUCUGCUUUCUCUGCAUAACCACCCUCUCUGGAAACAGCCUGAUUCUCUUUGCCAUUGUCACUCAGCCCAGCCUCCACAAACUCAUGUAUUAUUUCCUCUCCAAGCUGCCCACCACUGACCUCGGCCUGUCCAUAUCUACCCUGGUCACCAUGUUGGGUAUAUUCUGGUUUGAUGCCAGGGAGAUCAGCUUUAAUGCCUGCCUGUCACAGAUGUUUUUCAUUCAACUUUACAUUGUCAUGGAGUCCUCAGUGCUGUUGGCCAUGGCCUUUGAUCGUUUUGUGGCCAUCUCUAAUCCUCUUAGAUAUGCUUCUAUCUUAACUGAGCUUAAAACAGCACAGAUUGGAAUAGCAAUCAUCACCAGGGCACUAAUCCAGACUCCUAUGGUGUUGCUUCUUAAACGAUUGCCCUUUUGCCACAGCCAUGUGCUCCACCACUCAUACUGCUUCUACCCUGACGUGAUGAAGCUCUCGUGCACAGACACCAGGAUCAAUAGCGCAGUGGGGUUCACAGCCCUGAUCACCACUGCUGGGGUAGACUUGGUCUUCAUUAUUUUUUCUAACUUGUUAAUCGUUAAGACUGUCUUCAGCAUUGCAUCUUUGAAAGAGAGGAAGAAAGUCUUCAGCACAUGUAUCUCCCAUAUUGGGGCUGUUGCUGUAUUCUAUAUUCCAUUGAUUAGUCUGUCCUUUGUUCACAGAUUUGGGAAAUGGGCCCCACCUUAUGUACAUAUCCUGGUUGCCAAUACCUACCUGUAUCCCCCUGUGCUGAACCCCAUCAUCUACAGUGUGAAGACCAAACAGAUACGCAGAGCUGUGCUGAAAGUUCUCCAUCCCAGUGCAACAAAAGAAUAGAUGGGUUUUUCAAUGUUUUCUAUUCUUUGUUAUUGUAUAGAUGAGUAAAAUGCCACUGAUAGAAGUUAAAAUGCUGAGACUCGUGCUUGGGA